AUGUCAUCUUACCAAGGGGGUGUGGUGCGGAGCAUCCGACCUUUUAGGUCCAGUGAACAGUACCUGUAUGCCAUGAAAGAGGACUUAGCUGAGUGGCUAAUGGAUCUUUACAACUUGGAAAUACAUGUAGAUAACUUCUUUGAAGUCCUGGAAAAUGGUUCUGUCAUUUGUUACCACGCCAAUAACGUGACAGAGGUCGCUCGUGACUUUGCUGUGGAAUACCCUGACUUAGCAAAGAAACUUCGGCUUCCAAAAAUGGGAGUAACAUUCAAUGCAAUGGCCCAACCUGGAACCUUCCUGGCAAGGGACAAUGUAUCCAACUUCAUCCAAUGGUCCAGGAAGGAGAUGGACAUAAAAGAAGUGCUGAUGUUUGAGACAGAGGAUCUAGUUCUAAGGAAAAAUGAGAAAAACUUCAUCCUGUGCCUGCUAGAACUGGCCCGACGGGCUUCACGCUUCGGUAUGAGUGCCCCUAUGCUCAUUCAAAUGGAGGAGCAGAUAGAAGAGGAGAUCCGGGAGGAACUAGAACUUCCUCCAGUUGAAAUCCCGCUCCCUAAACCCCAAACCCAAAGAAAACUGUGUGACUUUAAGAAUCUGGACCAAAUGGUGCAGCAUUUGGUGAGCAGGUGCACUUGUCCUAUGCAGUUCUCCAUGAUCAAAGUCUCAGAAGGAAAAUACAAAGUGGGGGAAUCAAACACUCUCAUUUUUGUUAGGAUUCUUCGUAACCAUGUAAUGGUCAGAGUAGGUGGUGGCUGGGACACACUGGAGCAUUAUUUGGACAAGCACGACCCCUGCCGCUGUACUUCUCUCUCUCAUAAACAAGCUUCAGCAUCAGCCAGCAAUCGGAAGCCAGCAUACCCAGUUCAUGAAAUAACAGCACGUUUAACACCAAGAGCUGACAAUUCCAACAAAACUCAAACCACGUUAAUAGUAAGCCGUUCCCAGAGUCCACCGCCUCCGGUAGACUGGAACACUUAUACAUCAGGCAGUGGCAGAACCCAUUUAUCCUCCACCUCUGCUGAAAGUGUUGACAAGACGUCAGGGUUUAGAACGCCUUAUGUACACAGUGACCUCAAGAGGAGUUUUGCAUUAAGGUACAUGGGACAUGAACGACCUGUAACUCCUUCAAGGAGACAACUGUUCACAGAAGAUGGCUAUUCUGGUCAACAGUUUCCGCAUUCCCAGCAUUUUCAUAACAGUCUUCUCCUAUCUACAUCUUCCACUGGGUCCCAACUGACUGGAAGCGAAGAUGAAAACUCACAGUCUUCAGAUGUCUUCUAUGAGAACCACAGAGGGAGACAAAUGAUAAAGAGCCCUGUUUCCGGACUUAAAGAAAAAAGAAUAAACCACAGUCAGAUGCACGUUACAAAUGUUAGAGCACAGUCAGCAACAGGAAAUGGUAGUAUUCAGCAGGAAUCAAGACCUAAAACACCAACGCGUUUUUUACGACCACCAAGUCCCUCCAAACACUUCCUCCACAACCAGCAAAAUAGAAUAUCAGAAUACCAACACAAGGUCAGUACUGAUGUUACUGCAAGACCUUCAUCUCCCAUUAAACAAAUUGCUACACUGCCUAUUUAUAAUAGGCCAUCUACACCAAGCAGAUAUUACCAAGGUGAACCUGAAAACAGAGAUAGAAGCAAAUCUGUGGGAAGCAAUUUUAACAUGUCUCAUUAUAAACUAACAGCAACAAGAAGUGGUCAGACUUACAGUGAACAAAGCAAACCUAUACAUACUGGCAGGUCUACUCCAACAGUGCACCUUAACAAAAAUGGUCUAACACAGGACAAGGUCCCCAACUAUAGUAUGAAAACGCAGAACAGCCAUACCAGUGCUUUGGAAGCUUCAAUCAUGUCAGAUAAUAUUGAACGAGGUUACAGGUACACACCAAAACCCAUUGGCCCAGACCAAGAGCAAGAACUGUAUCAGAGUCUGGAAGAUGAAAUCCAAUCAAACAUCAAGGCCUUAGAGGAAGAUUCAGAUGAAAAUAGCAACCAAGAAAACAAAUGCAAAAACUUUACAUCUAGCAUUGCAAGUGAUGUUGCUGUUCAUGAUUUUGACAUGAAAAGAACUUCAGUAUCUUCAGUCUCAAUGAGGAGAACUAGAUUAAAGACACCUGAUGGGGAAGUAGAAAUACCCAGAAGUGGAGUGUAUAUAAAUACCAAAUGGCAGCCUGCAAGUGCAAGUUAUGAUGAUGUUAUCACAGAACUCUCUCAAGGACAGUUGAAACUAAAUAGGGUUGAUGUGGAAAACUGGAUUUCCAAAAUACCUCCAAAAGUUGUAGUACCUACGGAAACAGAUGUACCUGUUGAGCAUUCAGUAUGUCAAGAGAAAAGUAAGCCUGCAUUAUCAGUACAGAAAACAGAUACAACCAAGCUGUCUUCUGUAGAGAACAAAGAAAAGAAAGUCAAUCAAUUGCCGUCUCAAAGAGCAAGACAACUGGCAAUGGAAGCCAAGAAGAAGAGUUUAGAGGCUGCAGCUGAUAACAUGGAUUCAUCCGCCAAAUGUCCUGAAGAAGAAACAACCCCAGAAGUAUCAAAGUUGCCACAAUCAUCCAAGCCAAAACGAUCACUGAAAAAGCCAGAAAGGGUGCCAUCAAUAUACAAACUGAAGCUACGCCCCAAAAUCCGUCCCCGGCGAGAUAACAGACCAGAAAAAAAGCCAUCCAAAAUCCCAACCCCUGUUUCUUAUCAAAAAACAAAAAACAAAUCCAAAAAGCCACAAAACAGCACUGUAAAUCCUUCUAGUGUUAGGAGUCGAAGUGAAUCUCACAGCACAGCUAUUAGUACAGGAGAUCUGGAUACUGAUGAAGCAGUCUCAGAAAUGUCUUUGUCACUGGAAGCUUCUGGUUCUCAGCUAAAUCAAACAUUCAAUGAAAAUAAUGGAAGCAAAAGUGAAGAGGAGACAUGGAUUUAA